AUGUCUGUAGCCCGCGAAAUGCGGGCUGUGGCGGCGGGUGUGUCCCACACCAACAAAUUUGGGUUAGGAAAUUACAUAGUUGCCCUUUGCCCUUUCUCUUUUGGACCCACCCUCUUCUCUAGAACCACCGCUUCCGCCACCUCCGGAGUAUUGUCGCCACCCUCCGCCACCGUCAGGUCCGUUCUCUUUCUCUCUUCGCUUAAUGUUUAG